UUCUUGUUGAUCUGAUAAUAUCUUUAAGCUAUUGACUACUUGCAGGUGUAACAAGAUGGCUACUGGUGUAACUGUAGAGUCAGUUUUAGGAUCAAUCCAGAGUCAUCUGGAAUGCUCCAUCUGCCACACCCGUUAUCAAGAACCCAAGAUGCUGGACUGCUCCCACAGUUUCUGUCUGAGAUGCCUCCAAGAACUCAAGCAGAGCCAAACACCAGACGAUGGCAAGAUAACGUGUCCGCUGUGUCAGAGGCAAACCAUCUUACCUGAGGGUGGAGUGACAAAAUUGAACAAGAAUUAUACUCUAGUGUCCCUGGUUGAUGAAGUAAGCAAGCAGGAACAGAUCCUUAAAGGUGGUGAGACUGAAGGGCCAGCGGUGGUGGUUUGUCAGGCAUGUGAUGAGGAGCAUGAGGCUACUGUCCAAUGUAUUGAUUGCGAGCAGUUUCUCUGCCGGGAAUGUCAUCAGGCACAUCUGCGUUUCAAGUCAAUGAAAACUCACAAAAUCACAGUUCUACUCAACCAAAGAGAUGAUGUCUUGCAAACUGAAACGAAAAAGAAUGCCUCAAAUUGUGACAUCCACCCGAGUCAGAAACUGUGCUUGUACUGCACAACAUGCGAGAAACUCAUCUGUAAAGAGUGCAUGGUUUCAGGCCACAAAGAUCCCAUGCACAUGCGAGUCGAUGUUAAUGUUGCUUUUGAUAGAUGUUUGAAAGAAGUCCACAAAACAUAUGGUAAAGUGGGUCGAUUCGAUACUCAUGUAUCACAAGAUUGGGAAUAUUCUCGUACUCGAUUAAGCAGAAUGCUUGUUGAAACCAAAAGAGACAUUUCCAGUGAAGCUGUAUCCAAAGUUGCUGAAAUCAGACGACAAGAGAUGCAACUCUUGCAAGAAGCCGACGCAGUGUUUAUGAGAAAGGACAGGAGACUGGCAGAAUUGAUCUUUGCACAACAUGCGAUGAAAAAGACUGAUGGUGAGAUCACAGACAGGGAUCGCCUGGAAAUCUUAAAACUCAGACAAGAUCUUCUGUCGGAAUACAAAGAUGUGAAAGAGAAAACUUGGGAAGAGGUGAACAGUCACCUGUCAUUCAUUCCUUGCAAAGAGAAGUGUCAUGAGAUUGAACUUGGAACACUGAAACUGGAAGAAAAGUGGAAAUUGAUGAAGGCAUUUGAGGCGACGGGUUCCUCAGUUGCUACAUUUUCUACAGGUAACAUUGCUAUGGCAUAUGGGAAACGCAUCACUAUACUAGGUCUGAAUGAUCAGGAAGAGUACUACAUUCAUGAGUCUAAAGAAACUCACCUCUUGAACAAUCCAAGUGGCAUGGCUGUAACCAUGGAUGAUGUUCUAUUUGUUGCUAACAACGAUGGAACGAUCAAUAAAUUCAACAAGGAGUACCAGCUCCUUCAACAGUUCAAACCGAGCCAAGAAGCAGACAUCAAGGCUACACCAACAUGCAUUGCAGUGGAUAAUAGCAAUCUGAUAGCAGUAGGUUACGGGAGCAAGGACAAGAUAUCUCUACACAACCCAGACGGGUCUCUCAUCAGAACACUCCCUGCUCCUAUGAUUGGUGACUAUCUGACCAUCAGCAACAAGCAGCUUAUUUACACCAACAAGGACAAGAAGAAACUCAUGUGUCUUGAUUACCAUGGCAACAACAUCUUCACAGUUGACUCGUUCGAGAAUUCUGCUCCCCAUGGGCUGUGUUGCGACAAAGCUGGUGAUAUCUAUGUUGCUGCAUACUGCCAGUGUAUCGGAGGCGUGAAAGAGUCGGAGUAUCAAAUCCAUCGUUACAGUGCAGAGGGCAUUUACAUUGACACCUCGGUCAAACAUAGUUUGAGUAGAAGUUGGCCUAUUCGCAUAGCCUACACUCCAAAUGGGAGGAUUGUUGUGAUUGGCUGUUACAACUUGACAAAAAUCUAUCACAGAGUGUAA